AUGCAGAUUCUGGAUUCCGAUGCGAAUCCCGGCGGGCUCUCUGGCUCGGGUGUAGUCGUCCAUGCCUUGCGAGGGCGUUUCAACACCGUCGCCAGUUUACAGAGUUCCGAGCCGAGCCUUCACCGCUUCGCCGCGGCAUCGAGCGACUUUUCGACGUCUAACCGGAUUGUAGUGGUGUGUUACGACGAGGAUAAAAACGCAGCGUCGCUGGUCUCAAAGUCACCUCCGCUCCAUCCCGUGAAGCAGCUGCUCGACAUAUCCAGCUCUCCGGACAAUCUCCGAUUCGUACUCUCCGUGCGCGACAUAGAAGCCAAUGAAUCCGUCGUGAGGAUCGUGGACUUCGACACCGGAUCACCCUCGUCGCUCGUUGUUACCGCAAGCUCAGCGCCACUAGAGAGCAUAAUCAGAGCGAUAGAUUUCGACCCCUGUACGAUCCAGAGCCCAGAUUUGCGCGUGGCUGUCGUCCACCCAGGCCUUGCAGUGCUUCUUCAGCAACGUGACUCAACACUCGAGCCCCUAUGCCGUUUCGAACCACCAAAGAUCGACUAUACUACCAGGUUGAUAGACCCCCUGGACACGUACAAAGACCGGUUUAUUACGGGCAAGUUUGACCCGCACCACCGGGACAUUUUCGCAUGUGCGAGUGGUGAGGGAUUCCACGUCUUGGAUUGGCGCCAGGCAGGUGAAUCGCCAGUGGCAGUGCGUAACGGUCAGUGCCAUUUUGCCGACGUUUUGGAUAUCGCAUUUAACCCGAACGUACCCAAUCAGCUGGUGACUGCCGGCGAAGACGGAAAGAUCGCAUUUUGGGACCUGCGUGCCACGUACGAGCCAACUAGCGUGUUAGAAGGCGACCACAAGAGCUGCAUUCAGUACAUUAGGUUUAACUCUUUCCACGACCAGUUGAUAUUGAGCGGCGGACCGAGUGCUACCCUGUUGCACUUGUGCGGUAGCAGCGCCCCCAGCGUUCACCAGUGUUCUGCGCCGAGUCGCCUGGGAUGCUGGAGCAGCAACGACGCAUGGCAUUUCGCAUCUCUUUCAGGAAACAACUUGGUGUUUGAGACUCUACCCAACGCAGUCAAGUACAAACUGCUGUUAUGA